GAGCGCCCCCGCCGUCUAUGUGCGGAAUUAAACAGACAUGUCGCCGAACGUAUCCGAUGGAUUAAUGAUUCUCUGCAAACAUGUAAAUAAACUGUUGCUGUUUAGCUGACCAGUUCGUGUUGACGAACCUUACACGAAUCCUGCAAUAUGUGUGUAGCUACAUGUAUGGCUGUUUGUCCAAGAAUCCAAAGAUGAACGUUCCACUGUAUGGGCUUCUUGGAGUUGUGACAGCUCUGCUUAUAUAUCUGGUCGGGAUCGGUACGAUUGUGAAGCUGUUCAUUUGCCUGUUAGCUUUAAUUUUAGGAACAAUCACCUGUGUGUUUAGAACGUACGGCCCAAACCUAGACGAAGUCAUUUCCUCUGAGAGGGAAGAUUUGAAUAAGAAGACUGAAAAGCUUCGGCAGUAUAUUCUAGAACUAUCGAAGGAGAAGUUGAAUUUUACUUUAGAUAAAAGAAUCACUGGCAGCCGUAUUAUCGACGAUUCCUUGCAAGAGAUAUUAGAUUUUAUUAUCAGAGAUUAUGUGGAACCAUGGUACAGCAUUAUUACGGAUGACGAGGAGUUCAUAUACUCUGUCCGGGACACUGCUCAAAAGAUAGCUAUCAAUAUUGCCAAUCGAGUGAAAGGUGUGGACUGGAUCCCUUACUUAACGACUCGUCUCGUUGACGAUGCAGCCUCCCACGUGAGGCUGUAUCGUCAAGCAAGAGCGAGGAUGAAACAGCUCCGAAGCAAGAAACUACAGAAAGGCAGCGCGAGUUCGAGUACCUCGAGCGGGACCCCGAAGAAAACACCGACGCACAGGCGGAACAAGAGCGAAACCGACGUGUCUUGGUAUUCUCAGUCAAAGUUUUACAUUCCAAACUUGUCGUCCUUAACCGAGCCAAUUGAAACCGGGGAAGAGAAGGAAGAGGAAUCGCUGGAAAAGAUAUUCUUCGACUUGGAGGUGCAAAUGGAGAACAACUUGAUUUGCAGAGACCUGGUGUGCACGAAUGGCACGCAGGAGUUGGAAUUCUUAGGGGAGAUAUCCGAAAUUCUGUUAUAUUUAGUACUACCAAAGGGGGACUUUGAUUGUCUCACUGUCAGGUUUAUAUUAAGGGAAUUGUUAGUAAACGUAAUCAUUAGACCAUUGUUGGAUUUAUUCUCUGACCCUGAUUAUAUUAAUCAGGCAUGUAUAUGGCUGUGCGGUAAAGAGGCUGGCUUGCCGAGCGACGUAUUUUUAACGGUGAUCAGAGUCACGGAUAGCCUGGACGAAUUAAUAGCGACGAAGAACAUAGUCUGCAAGGAGAUCGCUCAUUUGCGUUCGAAGGAUUCAGGCGGCGGGGACGAUCUGUCCGUGAAGCAGCAGCUGAACAGUCUGCUGUACGUGAAGAAAAUAUUGGAGACCAGGAUCAUAGGUAUGCAAGAGGGUCUGGAGACGGAGAGCGAAGGGAUGGGUGCUCAACCGGAAUGGAAUCGACUGCUGAUGCCCGGGCAGAAGCUGGUCAACUUACCGUUGGACGAGCUGCUGAAGAACAAUAUAGCGCUCAGCUAUUUCAUCGACUACAUGACGUCUAUAAACGCAGAAUCGUACUUGUACUUUUACCUGAACAUCUACGGCUGGAGGGUGUCCGCCGAGCAACAGAUCUCCGACAUAGAAUUGCAGAAGCUGCACGCGGCUCAAGCGGGCAGUUCCGGUUACACGGGGACGAAACGGAAGAACCCGGAUCUGGAGAACCUGAAGGAGGCAGCCACCAAGAUCUACCAGCAGUACCUCAGCGACAAGGCGUCGUCGAAGCUGCAGCUGGACGACGCUUUAGUGAAGACGCUGUUGACCAGGAUCAAAACCGAGUCGGUCAAGGAGACAUGGUUCGACGAGCUGAGGCUCUGCUGCUACGAGAAGCUGCGGAACGAGGACAGAUUUCUGCCGGGCUUCAAGAGGUCCGUCGCUUACGUGAAGCUGCUCGCGGAACUGGACUUGCUGAAGGACCCGACCUCGGAGGAAGACUCCAAGUCCCUGGACAGCAUCAGUUUGUCCAGCACGAACAACGAGCUGGAGACCCUGGACGAGAUGUCAGAGAUGUACAAGUCGGAGGAAGUGAAACCGAGCGACUCGCUGAAGGACAGUAAAUUUCGAUCAGGCUCGUCGACCAGUCUGGCCAGUAUGGCGGAGGCUAAUGAGGCCAGACCGGUGGACGAGACCGACGCAGAGGUCAACGCGAGGACCGUCAAGACCGUGAGGAAGAUGACCAGCGUGGACACCGACCAAGUGACAGAGGGCAAGGACGUUUCCUUUUUCAUCGAGUCGAACGCCGAUCAGUUCGUCAAGCUGGAUGAAAACACUUACGACCGUAACGCGAUCAAGAAGCUUCAGCAAGGCCGGUUCGAGAUCACUGCGAGGAUCAUAGAGACCGGGGUCGUGAACGACCGUGGGAAGACCUACGGCAUCUACGCGGUAGCCGUGACCAAAAGCUACGACUCAGGGUACCAGGAGAAGUGGCACAUUUACAGGAGGUACUCAGACUUCCAUGAUCUCUAUCAGAAGAUCAAAGAGAAGUACUACGAUCUGGCCAAGAUCCCUUUCCCGGCGAAGAAAGCUUUUCACAAUAUGGAGAGGACCGUUCUAGAGAGGCGUAUGUUGAUGCUGAACGCUUGGCUGCACCAGCUGACCAAGCCAGCGAUAGUCGACGGUCACAUGGGCCUACAGAAUUUGCUGCUCAACUUUCUGGAGCAAGGGGACUACGACAAGGGGGUGACCGGUGGACAGAUAUCCAGAACGAUAGACAGUUUGAUGAAUCCUCUGAAGACAUCUAUGAAGUCUAUGACCCAGGCGGUGAAGACCAUGCCGGAUAACAUGUUGAACACGGUGGACGGUAUGAUGGACAACAUAAGUAAAUUCUUUGGGAACCCGAAGAAGCCCAGCGGCUUCUACGAGAACACCAAAGUCAGCGCUAGUCUGGACAUAGAGACCGACGACAAUAUUCCUCUGCGCAUAAUGUUGCUGCUAAUGGACGAGAUCUUUGACUUGAAAGUGAGAAACCAGUGGCUCAGGCGACGGAUCGUCACCCUGUUGAGGCAAAUCAUUCGCACCAUGUUCGGCGACAUCGUGAACCGUAGAAUAGUGGAGUACGUCUCCCUGUUGACUAGUCCGGCGAAAGUCGCUGGAUACCUGAAGAUGUUCAAAAAUAGUUUCUGGCCGAACGGCGUCAAGGCAGAGAGGAAACCACCCCGUGACCCCGAGACGAAGGACAGGACCAGGGUCGCCGCGAAAGUUGCUCUACUGUCUUGCCUUUCCGACGAGUUGAAACAUAUCAUAGGCAGCGAGACGACCAGGCGUGGUCUUCUAAGAGUGUUCGAAUUGUUCCAGCGACCGGUGCUGAACAGAAGGCUAUUGUACGUACUGUUGGAGGGGAUCGUCGAGACGCUGUUCCCCGAGAACAACCUGACAGACAUUUUCCAGAAGCUCUACUCUGUCUCGCCGAGGGUGCAGAGCAAGGUGCACGCGAAGAAGACCUGCUAACCUCGAAGGAAACUGGAAGGCGGCUAAGCUACUUUUACGAUUAGAGAGAGAUUGCUCACCGACGAUCCUGUUUCGUUACUCUCAGAAGGAUCUCCACGACGAAAACACGAGCACGCCGAGAGCGCACCCGUUUAACCUGUUAACCGUGUGAAAACAGCAACGACUCUAGCUAAUUGUAUCGUUGAUACGCGCACGGUACAAUUGAUCGUCCCACGUGUGACGCGAUUCGACAGCCUUUCAGCUGAAUAAAUAUACAAACGAAAAAUCGAGUACUGCGAAUGUGCAGUUGACGCGUCUUCGCCGGUUAACAAGUUGAUUCGCGCCUAGGAGAAUUGUAAAUUAAGAUUCGACUUUUCAAAUGUACACUGUUGCCUGCUUAUAAGUGCACCAUGCUAGACUGCCAGCCAGAUUCUAGAGAGCAGUGUGGUAGAGUGUAGACUCUCACUGUCUCUCGCCAUUGGUCAGAUUGAAACAAGUCCUGUCUACAAAAAUCGGCACGAAUGUCCUUGGCGUAGUGGAAACGUGGUGUGUGUGUGUGUGUGUGUGUGUGUAUAUAUAGGCAGGUAAUACUAUGUACUCUCUACGGUCUCGACGCUUUGCCCCCUUCUCUUCAAUUGGUUCUCCGUCGGUGCUCCCGGGAACUCGUCGCGAGCACCGAGACGAACAUGUAUUUCAACUGGGAACAAAAUGAAAGUUUUUAGGCUUUCGCGAUCACGCCUCACCACGAUUUCUACACGUAUACAUGUAUAUUCGACGAUAAGUAAGCGAAACAAAGCAGCACCGAGCGUAGUUGAGGCAUGCGGCGAACGACAGCGACCGCCGUUGACCGUCACGAUUCUCGUCGACGCUUUUUACACUUUUCAGUUCAACGACCUUUCCCCUAGAAAUCGACUUAACCGCGUCGACUUCCGAGCGACUCGAAUCUGUUUACCGGUCGAACGAUAGUUGAUUAAUUAUCCGUUAAUCGAUGAAUUAUCAAUCGACCGGCGUAGAAUCGGUUCCGCGAACCGGCCCCAGGUAGCUCCUACACCGCGAGGCGUCAAGUUCGCUCGGUCCAGCUGUAAGAUUCAGUGGCCAAAUGAAUUUCUCUCGAUAUUACGUAGGAUUUAACGUGUUACGGACACACGAUCCCUUUUGCAAUUACCUCGUGUAGGAAACACCCGUGUAAUUAAGGAUUCAAGCAUUCCAUACGCAUUUCACCGAUGUACUUCUUUAUUCGACUAACAGGGACCGAUCCCUCGUCGCGUGUACGCCGGCCGAAUAACCGACUCAAGCCGCGCCGACGAACACUUAACACACAGACGAAACGAGGACGCGCCUCGGUUCGUCGUUUCUAGCGUCAAGGAAAUAUCCUAUACUUAAUCCGUCGGGACACGUUCGUGCCAUUCUCGCGUAGCGUCUAUAUUUAUUUAUUCGCAACAUUUGUUCGGAACUCGAUCGACUUUUCCACGGUUAUUAUAUACAUACACAUACAUCACACAUACA